AUGAUGGCCGAAUGCUCUCCAGCUCUCCUCGUUGUGCUCCAUCCGACGAAUACGAAAAGAAAUAUUGCUUCAGCGGAUCGUGUUACCUUCAUGAUCCGCUUAUUCAAAUCCGUGUCGUCGCCGAUUCUUCUCGACGACCACAAGGCGUCGUUCUACGUCGAAUCCGAAGCGGAGAUGCUCGCCGACGAUUCCUGCUACGAUCCUUUGAUGGCGGCGUCGGUGUCAAUUCGUGUACGAAACACCGAUGGCGACGAUUUCGUCGUAUCGCCGACAGACGUUGUUGAGAGUGUGAAUGAGAUCGCUUCGAGGCAAAGUAGCCGUCGUGCAUCGACGGCGACCUCAUCAUUCCGCCGUAGUCGAGCUUCUUCGGCGUUUUUCAACGAAAACGGCGAACCUCUCGAGCACCCAUCCGGCUCAAUCGUUCGGCCACCUAGAAAAAUAAAAAGUGUCGAUCAGAUAUUUCUGAAUUUCUUUAGGCCGUCGAAGGCUCGCAAAUCAAAAAGCGUUCGCGAUGCGGAACCAGGAUUGCGCUCAAUGCUGUACGGACUUUCUCAGAAGCAGGAGAAAGAGGAAGCUGAAGCGAAAAAGCUGGCAAAGAAGCUAAUCAGACAGCACGUCCACAACCACAUCCAUCCUCGAAGAGCAACGCGCGUCGCUUCAUUAUCAUCAUGCGCGAACACAAAUCGAGAAAACUUCUACGAUUGCACAUCGGUGUGCUCGACGCGAUCUCGAAAUGGCUUCAUCGAAACGUCAAUGAGAUGGCCGCGUCGCGAACGACGCGCGAGCUCGUCCGAAUCGUUGAUCAUGAUGCUCACACCGCCGCUUCCGCGCAUCUACACAACGAGGACGGCGGCGGCGGCGGCGACGCCACUCCAGAAGGCCAAGUCUGAAGACGCGCCGACGACGUCAUCGCUCACCGUCGACACGCCCAUCAUCCUGCGUUGCGCUCUCGUCCGCCAGUGCGCUUCCGUUGAGCCGCUGGCGACGCCGAUCGGCAAGCAUCGUUCGCGUCUCGACAAUUGGCGCCAAUUGUUGCCGACGAAAUUGCGCAGCGUCACGGUGAGCCCGAGCAAACUGCGAAGCGAGACGAUGCACAGUCUACACAAUCUGCAUGGCAUCAGCGUGGUGGCGACCGUCACCGAGCCGGGACUCCUCAAAAAGAGCAUCAGCGAGUUCGUCAUCGGAUGUGAGUGA